UGACUAUUCAGGUGUUUGUUUCAGAGCAAAAGAUAGAUAAUGUUAUAUUGUUCUGAGAAAAAAUGAUUGUUGACUAAUUAUGGUCAGCCACCAAGAUGUAUAACUCAUUAUUAGAUUUGGAUAGUAAUUAAGACUGGUCACUGAAUAGUCAGACAGGCAUUGUGUAUGUGACAGAUGGGACCUUGGUUAAGUCAGUAAGGACGGUACCUGUAAUUCCUCGGGCUCUGUCAUGCUCUCCACUGUCACCUGACUUAACCAACGGUACUCUGUAUUUAUCACUGUUGCACCUCCCUCAUCUAAUCUCAUCACCUCUUUCUUUUCAUUUCAUUCUUCCUUCCUCCCCCCUUUGAAGUGGUCUCCUUGGAAAAAACAACAUCAACUUUGAAAGAGCUCUUGCUGAAAGGGAGCUAGUGAGAAUUCGUAAAUCAGACUUGCGAGCCUUUUUUGUUCAUUUUGGCCAUGACCUUGAUACUUACAAGAAACAGCGUGAGGCCUUCGCUAACCCAGAGAUAGCCGACUACUACGCCACUCAGAGAGCUUGUGGAGGGAACCACACCACAACCUUCCCUCACAAACGCAUCACGCGCCUGUCACACCUCAGCCAUCUGUUCCGGGAGGAAGAGGAAACUGUGUACCCCCUGUACAAGGAGGAGGUGAAUGUCCAGGGGGCAGAUGGGCACAUCUACAAGGGACGUAUGGAGAAGAUGGAGGCCAAAUAUACACAGGCACAGCAGCAGACACGUCAGGACCCAUACAAGCUGCACUCCCAAAUGCAUCAGGCUCCUCCUCCCAUCCACCAGACUGGCGGGCAGCGUGUCACACAGCAAACCACUUCAGUGCGUGUGGCCCGCCCCACCUCGGCACGUCCCCUCCAGUCCCCACGCCCCACAUCAGGACGUGUGACCAUACGGCCAGUGUCUGCUCGUGGAGGAGGGUCUAGACAAGCCUCUCCAGUGCCAGAGUCCUCCCACACCACUCCUGUCCCAGAGGAGUCUCCGCGUCUCCCAGAGGGGGACCAGCAUAUAGAGGUGCCUACCACUGGCAACAACUGAACGCCGAUGCAAUAAAACUCUAACAUAGUGUAUUAUGUAGAUGUAAUUUUGCACCUAUUCAAUUUUUUCGUAUCAUUCUCUGAAUUGUGUGGUCAUAAACUUAUUGUCAUUUAAAGACUGUUUCAUCAUGUACCUCCAGGACAUGGAAGUUCUAGUUAGUUGUUCAAUCUUAUCCACACUCUGCGGAAAAUCUAAGUGUUAGGCUUUUAAUACCAGCAUUACUGUAUAACAAAUCUGGUCUUUACAUUUCUUGCCAGUGAGGAAAAAUCAUCAACGAAGAACUCUUGUGAAAACCCAAUAUUGUUUUCUAUUUUUCCUUUUUAUAUUUUCGAUACAAAAAUUAUCUGUUAUUUUGGGUAUUUUCAAAAAAGAGGAGGAUCUUUUGUAACUUUUUUAAACUUUACUCAUAUUUGUUUUUUUUAAUUAAGGUGUAUUCUGUCUUAAUUUAAUGUCAUUUACAAUACAUAUAUAAUGACAAGUGUGAAUGCACCGAUUUUCUGUAUGUGCAAUGUGUAUAAAAUCUAUACAUCUAUUACAUGUUUUACUGUAUAGCCCUGCUUUGUGUUUUUUAUAUUGUCAGCAAUAAUGUAUCACCCUAGAACAGUAUUGACACACGCCAGUCUCUAAUUGUUAAAAGUAAAGCGUAUCUGUGUUACCGACACAAGUAUCGGUCCCUUGUUGAUACUGAUACUGGCAUACCUUUUACCUUGUCCAGGGAUCUUUUUAUGCCGUCCAUUGAAAAUGAUACUUUGGUCCAUUUUACACCAUGUUGUGAUUAUGACUAGUGUCUAUUUUAUACCGUCCAUUGUGACACAGGGUUGUUUUGUGUCCAACGAUCAUGACUCUUGGGUCUAUUUUUGUGUCCGAUGAUUGUGACACUGGGUCUGUUUUUGUGUCCUAUAAUUGUGAUGCUUGGUCUGUGUCCAAAGACCGUAACACUGGGUCUGUUUUAUGUGUCCAAAGAUUGUGACACUGUUUUUGUGUCCUAUAAUCGCAACACUGGGUGUCCUAUAAUCAUGACACUGGGUCUGUUUUUGUGUCCUAUAAUUGCGACACUGAAUCUGUUUUUGUGUCCUAUAAUCGCGACACUUGGUCUGUUUUUGUGUCCUAUAAUCGCAACACUGGGUCUGUUUUUGUGUCCUAUAAUCGUGACAAUG